GUGGUCAAGGGGGACGAGUGGGAGAUGCGUAUACCAGGAAGCGGUUUCUUUUCAUCUGGACGAAAGAUGCCCUAAAACCUGCAGCGAGCGCUAUGGCAGACGGUGGUGACGGAGACCCUGUGGCCGGUUCUUCUGGGACUUCGCGUCAGUCUUUCUCUUUGGGAAGAGGACUGGCAGGACGGACAUUACUGAAUCCUCCACCUCCAGGCAGACUCACAUCCCUGCGUUCCAGAGACCUGACACUCGGGGGAUAUAAAAAGAAAACAUUUGUCCCAAACGUCCACUCCAUACGGAAAAGCAAAGACGAGUUAAAGGAGGAGCCAUGCAGUGCGCCGAAAAAGGAGAGAAGAGAAAGGGAAGACAGGCAGAGAGAGCGCAGGCGGAGAGAGCGACCCCAAACCAUUCAGUCACACUCCAUUUUUGAACAGCGUCCUGCAGACACCUUCAGGAAAUCAGGAAGCUGGGGAACCACAGAUGUAAGCGACUACGAUCCAGUUCUUACUAGGAGUAUUAAAAAGGAGAGAAACGUUCCAGAGAAAGACGACGAUGGAAUUCUAGAAAAGCUUCAGCGAGAUGAUUUCAUAGACGACCCCGGUCUGAAAAACGAUCCCAAGCAGACACCAAUAAGACUUCCACUGCACCAGUCAUUCGGCUACUUGGCGACAGAGACGUCUUUAAAAGACUCACAGUCUGAUCCCAAGUCAAUAAAAACCCAUGAGAGGUUUCCAACACAAACAAGUGGAUCCUCUGCGUGUCCUCAGCCUCCGAGUGUCCGAGAACUUUUCCAGCGGCUGAGCGUCUCAGAGAAGGAAGAGCUAUUAUUCAUUCAGCUUCCUGAUACUAUUCCUAUAAAAGCCCAAAAAAUUGAAAAGCCUGUGAAAAAAGGUGACGCCGAAGACAAGCGUGUCUCUCAUAUCAAAGCACCAGAGCCAGUGGAGAAAGAGGCAGUGCCUGUGCUCUCGGACUUCACGGAAGGAUUCCUAGGAAAAAUGCAAUUUAGGAAAUCCGGCAAAGUGCAGCUGGUCGUCGGGGACAUUACACUGGACGUGUCGGAGGGAGCAGCUUUUUCUUUCCUGCAGCAACUCGUGUGCGUGCGGCUCACCGAGGGUCUGACCGGCGACAUGACGGUGCUCGGGGACGUCAAACACAAGCUGGUGUGUUCCCCCAACUUCGAGGCUCUCCUAAAAGUGGCCAAGGCUCCGUCACACAUCCAGCCACUCUUUAAAACCAUUCAGACGGGAUGAGCUUUCCACCAUGACAAGUUAGAAGUGGACAUGCUCUGAUUUGCAGAAGCCAAGCAUUUAUUUUUAAAAAGGUUUUUGUGUACAUUAGAAACAUGGGAUGCCGUGUGUGUUGUAGACACUUCAGAUGUUUUUAAUGUCGUGCUUUUAUUCGUAUUUAUUUUUACAACAAACAUUUGAAGGUUUUUAGCGCAAAAUCUAGACUUCAUCUUCAAGUGUCUCUGAAGAAAAUGGAAAAUGCAUUUUUUCGCAGUUAAUUUUUUAGGUCAAAAGAAAAUGGGCGCAAAAUGGCAAAAUAUUAAGCUUUUAAUGUUUAUCAACAAAUCGCUGGUUAGGAUAUUAACAGAAAUUUGAUAGUCGUUUAGUAGGUAACAGCUUUACUUUUUGUUUCCUAAAAUGUUUAUAACAUUUCAAAAGCAUCAAACAAUUGACAACUUGUUGAAAAAUGGUUCCCUGGUUAGUUUGUGGUUAAUGUGAGAGCAAAAAGGAUUCAAAUCUGGGGCCCAUUCUUCAUACAGCAUUAAGAGGUGAGACUACAUGCAAACGACAUCCAAGAUCUACUCAUCAUGGUACUUAUGUUCGGGCUAAUUAGGGUCUUUGAACGCACAUGUGGACGUGAUUAGUACAGCAAACUGGGUUGUUUGAUAUAAUGGUGUGUUAAUGCAAUGCUUAAAAAAGAUACACACACAGUCAGUGAUCAGACAUACCUUUAUGGCCACCUGCCUAAUAUUAUGUUCAUCCCCUUUUUUGCUGCGAAAACAGUCCUGACCCGUCGAGCAUUAACAGCAUUAAGUUCUUCAGCAAUUUGAUCUACAGGAGCUCGUCUGUUGGUUAGAACCACACGGACCAGCCUUCGAUCCCCACGUGCAUUAAUAAGCCUCAGCUGUCCAUGACCCUGUCGCCGGUUCACCACUGUUCCUUCCUUGGAGCACUUUUUUUUUUUGGACCACUGCAGACCAGGAACAUCCCACAAGAGCUGCAGUUUUGGAGAUGCUCAGACCCAGUCGUCUAGACGUCACAAUUCGGCCCUUGUGAGACCCGAUCAAAUCCUUACGCCAUUUUUCCUGCUUCUAACACAUCAACUUUUAUGACAAAAUGUUCACCUGCUGCCUAAUAAAUCCCACCCACUAACAGGUGCCAUGAUGGAGAUAAUCAGUGUUAUUCACAUCACCUGUUAAUGUUAUGCCUGAUUGAUGUACAUUUACUAUUGUAUUUCUCAUCAGACAUCUCUCUGGACAAUCAGUAUGCAACUGACCGCUCACUCCACACAACUGCUGAACCACCCUGAAUAAAACUAUCCAUAUUCUAUCAAAGGUGCAUUUUCCUUUCAGUCCACUGGUUUGUUUUUUUGUAUUUUUUACCAUUAAAAGCUUAAUAUAUUAUCA